GGCGGCCCCGGGAUCGGCCCGUGCCGUGCGGUGCUCGGGGCCCGCUGGGCCUGGGGUGUCCGGUACCGACCGGGCGGUUGAGCCGUCUUCGCAGACCUGUCGGUACCGGGAGGCGGGCACGGGACUGGCGGGUGGCUUCAGGAAGAGCGAGUUACCGGCGCCCGGUGAGCCGCCCUCGGGCGGUCUGGAGCCCCGGCGAGCCCGGGCCUGUUGGGUUCUCCCUUUCCCCAGAAAUGCCCGGCGAAGCUACAGAAACCGUCCCGGCCACGGAGCAGGAGCUGCCGCAGCCGCAGGCUGAGACAGCUCCAGCUGCCCUUCCUCCCGCAGCCCCUGUUGCAGCGCCAGCUGUUCUUCAUGCUGCUCAUUCCCCACCUCUGACUCCAUCUCCGGGCCCGGCUGGCCAGGCUCUCCCAGCGGAGCUGCCCAGCCCUGCUGCAGCUCUGCCUGCCCCUGCUGGCCCCCGGGCCCCCGUUUCCCCCACUGUGGUCCCAGCUGCGGCGAUCCCUGUGUUUUCUGUUCCCCCCCAGCUGCCUGCCCCAGCUCUGCAGGUCCCAGUUACCACUUCCCCUCCUCCAGCUCCACAGUCCCCAAUGGAUUUUGCAGCCCCAGGAUCUCCAGGGCCUGCCCCAGUUAGCCCAGUGUCUCCGGGACCCCCGGCCCCAGUGUCUCCUGCUCUGGCUGCUCCUCCCACUGCAGUGACAGUGGCCCCCUUCACCCCCACUGUGAGCCCUGGUUCUCCCCCUGCAGCUCUUGCCUCUCCUGUGAAAGCUGCCCCCCCUGCUGCCCUUCUGAGCCCCACGGGAACUGGAGCCCAGGCCCCUCUCCCUGCCCCCAUGCCAGCCUCACCAGCCCCUGCUCCUUCCAAGGGCACUGGGGCAGGCCCGGCUGCUCUCCCACCCCCACCUUCCCUUCCCCUUAUGGCAUCUCUCCCGGCAGCAGCCCCCACUCUCCUGCCUUCUUCUGCUGUGCCUCCUGAGGCAGCUUGUCCCCAGAGCCCGGGCUCACCCCCUCUUCCUGCAGCAGCCCCUCUCUGUCCUGCUGUGGCACCAGCAGCGGCUGCCCCGGCAGUACCAGUGUCUCCUGGCAGCCCUGCCUCCGCUCUGCUGGCUUCUGCUUCAGCCUCUCCCCGAGUCCCAGCCCCCAACUCUUUCGUGCCCCCGCUUGCUCCUCCCCAGUGCCCAGCCCUGGCCGGUGCCAUCUCUCCACCUGUCUUCCUGGCUGCCCCCAUGGCUCUGGCCCCGUUGUCACCCCCUGCCCCUUUGCUGCCAGCUGGGAUGUCUCCUGGGAGUCCUGCUUCUGCCCCACAGGGCCUAGCCCCUGGUGCUCCAGUCUCUCCACUGAUUCCCAUUGCUCCUUCUGUUGCCAAGACCUGUCCCACGGGCCAUGCCCCGGUGGCCCCAGCAGCCCCAGCUGUUGCCCCUGUCACCCCUGCAGUUCCAGCUGCAGGAGACCUGGUCCCUCCCUCCAUGGCCGGGACACCUGGGAGCCCAGACCUUUGGGUAAUGCCUGCCACUGCAGCAGCUCCCAUCGCUCCUGUCCUGUCCAAACCCUCUCUGGGAGCUGCCACGUCUCCCCCAGGGCUGCUGACAGCAACAUCUCCCAGUGCUGUACCAGCAGUGGCCACAGCUGCUCUGGCUAAAGCAGCUCCAGCGAGCCCUGUCUCCCCUCUGGCAGCUCCUGUGCCUGCUACCCCUUCAGCCCCUGCCAGCUCCCUGCCUGUCACACCGGCGGUGCCAGCCGCAGCCACCACUACUGCAGCCAAAGCGGCUCCCCUGAGCCCGGUUGCUGCCCCCUCUGCCCCUGCUGCAUCGGUGACAGCAGCUCCACCAGCUCCAGCUGCCCCUCCCGCAGCCAAAGCAGCUCCUGUGAGUCCGGUCACUGCCCCAUCUGCUCCCUCUGCCUCUUCUGCACCAGCUCCUGCAGCUCUGGCUGCCCCUCCUGUAGCCAAAACAGCACCUGUGAGCCCAGUCACUGCUGCAUCCACCCCCUUGGCCCCUGCCAGCUCCCCGACUGUCACACCGGCGGUGUCAGCUCCAGCCACCACUACUGCGGCCAAAGGGGCUCCCCUGAGCCCGGUUGCUGCCCCAUCUGCCCCUGCUGCACCAGUUCCUGCAGCUCCACCAGCUUCAGCUGCCCCUCCUGCAGCCAAAGCGGCUCCCGUGAGCCCAGUUACUGCCCCAUCUGCCACCUCUGCCCCUGCUGCACCAGCUCCUGCAGCUCCACCAGCUCCAGCUGCCCCCCCAGCAGUCCCUGCCCCAGCACCUGGCACACUGGUUCCCACUCCAGCCCCUGUGGUUCCUGGUGCUCCCCCGAAGCCAUCGGCCGAUUGUGCUGCCCCUGCUUCCCAGAAACCAGAAGCCGGCCUUCCUGGCUCUGCCCCAGUGGGUAACCUCCUGCCGCCUGCCUCUUCUGCACCGAGCGCUACCCCUGUGAAGAAGCAGCCCUCUCCCAGUAAGGUUGCCAAGCUGGCCCCCCGCCAGCCCCUGUCCAAACCCCCCUCGAAGGCCCCGGCCCCUGUCAGCAUUGCCGUCGACGACGAUGACCUGCCACCUCUGAUCCCCCCAGAGCUGCCUGCUGCCGAGCCACCGGUGCAGCCCAUCCUGGUGGACCUCUCUCCCCGAGCAGCCGUGGCCCCUGCUGAGGCCCCUGCUCCUCCAGCUAAGCAGCCUGUCCUGAAGAAUGACAAGGGUAUUUGCCACCUCGGUUUGCCGUGUGCAUGGAGUGUCACUGGUUGCCCGCUGGAUACUAACCUGUAGACAGGGCCCAGGUGCCCCUACGUCGCUUGGUGUGUCGGUCUAGACAAGUAGUCUUUGGAAGUACAGCAGUGGAGGCAGGCCUGAACCAUGCCAGACUGAGCUGAACCUGCCCGAGCAGGCGGUGAGCCGGGGAACGGGGAGGGGAGAUGUCCCGCGGCCAAGGGAUUGGGCAGGUCAGGGCUCGGCAUGGUCCAGUGCCAGUGGGUCGGUGUCACUAACGCGUGUUCUCAGGCACAGAGCAUGGCGUGGCUUGUGGCGUGGGCGCUGCGACUGUUGCCUGAGCUGGCUUCACACUGAGGCUCUGGGAAGAGCUAUCGUGUGCCUGUACCCUGUUGCGCGUCUGGUGUCCACCGUGGUUUUCCCCAUGUCCGCCCGCCAGCAAAGGGGAGCUGCGGGCAGCGCUGGUGCCAAAACAGGCCCGUCCCUGUGCCCUGGGGAAAUUCCUUUGCCUGCCUGAACUGUUGGGAUCCCCUGGGCAUGCACCGACAGCCUGCAGAGAGCUUUGCCGAGGGCUCCUGCGUGCUUGGCGUGGCCAUGGGCGAGAGGCCCUUUCCAGAGAAGGAAAUGGGACUGAAUUCAGGUAAUGGCUGCAUGAGAGGGCGUCGUGGUCACCCUCUGGCCUCCACUGAGGCUGGAGACGCCCGGCUCUGCUUCGUUUGCUCCCACGUGGUCGGACAUGGCUGUGCUGUGGUUUGCAAGCUAAUUGUGGCACUGCAGCAGUGGUGCAGGAGCUGGCAGCCCUCUGAGCCUCCCAGGCUCCGGCAGCUUUCAGGACCUGGCACAGAGGCCAACCUGAGCAUCCAAAGAUGCUGUUCCCUGAUGGGCAUUUUCAAGGUAAUUACAGAUCGUCCCCUGUAAUGAAGUCACAGAAAGGUGCAGCAGCCCCAAGGAGUUGGUGAACUGGGUCUCGUUUCUGUGCCAUGUGCUUGAGCUCCUGCAACCCCAGCUUCACUGCUGCCUGAACAGGUUUGAGGGGAAGCGAGGGAGUCCCUGUCUGCCAGGCUGCUGCUGACUCACCGCCCAGGGAGUGGCGCCCUGCACUCCUCCUCAAGCCAGGACACUGCACUGGUCAGCGUGGUGCCUCAAACUGGGGAAGCGGCUGAGGCUGGGGAUACCUCCUGUUCUGGAGCCAGCCUCCGGGCACCCGCAGUGCUUUGGCACCUGGCUUCCACCAUGGUGAGAGUGCUCAGAACAGGCUUUUGUGCCACUUGCUGCUGAUGGUGUUUGGGAUUGCAGAGAGAGUUCCUCCUACCAGAUACUGCUUAACCAUGCUGACUGGAAACUGCGUCAGCAUUUGGAACCCCCAGCAACAAAGGCAACACUGAAGCAGUAUGGUUCUUUGAUCUUCCUGUGUCCCCUGGGCCUACCUGAGCUGGAAAGAGUGACGUGUGUUUGUUU